AUGGAGUCCCCAUUCAAGGCUGAUGUACUCAAAGGCCAAGUAGCCCUCAUCACCGGAGGCGGAUCGGGCAUCGGCUUCGAGAUCUCCACCCAGUUCGGAAAGCAUGGAGCCUCCGUCGCCAUAAUGGGCCGCCGCAAGCCCGUCCUAGACGACGCCGUUUCGGCCCUCAGAUCCGUCGGCAUCCAAGCAGUUGGGUUUGAAGGAGAUGUUCGCAAGCAGGAAGAUGCCCAAAGAGUUGUGGAGGCAACAGUGAAGCAUUUCGGGAAGCUCGACAUUCUUGUGAAUGGUGCUGCUGGCAAUUUUCUUGUAUCGGCUGAGGAUUUGUCGCCCAAUGGAUUUAAAACAGUUAUGGAUAUCGAUGCUGUUGGCACAUUUACAAUGUGCCAUGAAGCUCUCAAGUAUCUUAAGAAAGGUGCACCGGGAAGAAACUCAACUGCUGGAGGACUUAUACUGAAUAUCAGUGCCACUUUGCAUUACACAGCAUCCUGGUAUCAACUCCAUGUAUCUGCAGCAAAGGCAGCGAUUGAUGCCCUAACGAGAAACUUGGCCCUGGAAUGGGGAACAGAUUAUGAUAUAAGGGUGAACGGAAUAGCACCUGGUCCCAUAGGAGAUACUGCUGGAUUGAGCAAGCUUGUGCCAAAAGAGAUUGCCUCUAAUGGUUAUGGAUCGAGAGACCCUUCAUAUAUGUACAGAGUUGGUGAGAAAUGGGAUGUUGCCAUGGCUGCUAUCUACCUUGCAUCCAAUACUGGUAAAUAUAUAAAUGGAAGUGUGUUGGCAAUUGAUGGAGGAAUGUGGCUGGCCAAACCUCGUAAUCUGCCGAAAGAUGCAGUGAGACAGUUUUCUCGAGCCGUUGAAAAACGAUCUCGCGCAGCACCGGAUGGGGUUCCUACUAGCAAACUCUAG